UAAAGGAAUUUCUAUUAUAUCAUCUGAAAAAAUUGGAUUGAUUAAGUAACAAUUGUACAUAUGUUACCGUACAACCGCACACGGGUAUAAUUUUUUUUGUCGAUUGACUUUACUAUAAACUUGAUAGUUUUUAUGAAUCACCGUUGGGGGCCGCCACUGCACGCGAUGUUUCUAGCAAUUUAGAUUUAAGGGUUUACGUACUUUAACGCAUACGCUAAUUUCUAACCUAAUAUCAAUGUCAUUUGUGUAACUAUUAAAGUAUGUCCAUCAGUAUGUACUUUUCAAAUGGUUUCUAAAUCUUUUACGGUUUAUUAACAGAUCAUGUAGAAGAAUGAAAUUACGUGAUUCUGUUUGCGUUAAAAGAUAGCAUAUAAGUAUUAUAGUAAAAUUGAUCGUAAUGAUGUAACAUUUAAAAUGAAGUUUUUUGAAGAAAGUGAAUGAUUUCUGAUCAUCACUAUGUGCGGAGACGCCCACAUCAAAGAGCAAUGGCAACUUUUGCAAAACCUUCGAUCUACGGUAGAAGGUUUAUUAGUCGAUGGUGUUUUAAACGUAUGGGAUGUUUAUGGUGGUUUAAAUCGUCUUCACAAUGUAAUGGAAAGGAUAUUCAAACAUGGCUGUCGAAUAUUUAAUCGAAAUGGAGAACCGGAUUGUUGGAUCUUUAUUCAAGGAUUAAAUUGGCUGCAGCCUUCUGUAGCAUUGUCACCUGUUGUUCCUGAAACAGAAGAUUAUCUUUCAAAUUUACCAACUCGAAUUGUCUCACACAAAGAUAUGUUAUGGCUGUACAAGAGUUUGGAAAGUCAUUCUUUGUCACAUAAGCUUCCAUGGCUUUUGUCUGAUAAGGAACAUUUACUUUCUUGUUUUGAACCAUGGGCAUUUUUGUGUCAAGAAAACUUAGCUGAAGCCACACUCUUAUGUUUAAGAGCAGUUGAAAGAAACCAACCUACAUUGCUUACAGAAAUUGAUCCAUCCUUGUUUUUACCUUGUUGGAUUUCUCCUAAAACAAGUCCAAAGAGGCAUCGUCGAUCUUCUUCAUAUCCAAUUAAUUUCUCAACAAUAAAUUUUAGUGUUGCAAGAGAUAAAGCAAUACAUAUUGAGAAAUGUCAAUUAGAAUCAUUAAAAAUAGCUUCAGACAACAAAAUUAUGCAACAUGAUGAUGUUAAAUCUAAUGAAAAAUAUGAAGAUAAAUCAUUAGAUUCUAAAGAAAUUAAUGAUAUACCUUUGAAAAGUUGGAGUAGUCUUUCAGCAUUGACUAAAAAUUGUACAUCUAUAGAAAAAAGUGCUUCUGCAUCUUCAUUAUGUGUUGCAAAGAGUAGUUCACAUAAAAGUAAUGAUCCUAAAACAUCUUCUGUUGAAUUAUCAAAAAUAAUUAAUAUAAAUUAUGCCGAAUUAAAACAUUCAACAUCAAAUGUGGAUAAUAAACAACUUGUAAAGCCAAGGACUCCUGUAAGGAAAGUACAAAACAAAACUAAAGCGAAACAGAAUCAAAGUAUGAAGAAAUCUAGCGAAGAUUCUGAUGUGUUCAAUUCUGAGGAUACAUCAAUAAAUGCAGUAGAAGAAUACCGGAUUCCUUCUUUUAUACCAAAUGAAGCAAAUCCAAAUGCAUAUAACACAAAUUCUACAGAAAUUAGAAUUUCUCAAACGCCAAGAAGAAAAACUUCUCUUUUAUCAGGUUCAGCGCCUGAAUUCACUAGUCCAUGGAAUUUACAAAUUGAGGGGCAAAAAGAUAUAAGAACAGCAAAGAAGAGUUUCAUGGAAGAUGGAGGAAGCAGUGUUCAACCUAUGGCAAUAGGAUAUUUUCCGCGUCCAACGGAAGGUCAAAGUUUGACAAAUUUUUUAGCUUCUGCACAAUUUUCUAGAGCAAAUGCUGAAUUGGACAGAGAAAACGCACAUUUCAGUGUUUCUGAAGCAAUGAUAGCUGCCAUAGAACAAGUAAAAUGUAACAGGCAAUGGCGUCUUAUGGAAGAAGCAACUGAAGAAAGCGAUGAAGAAAUAAAUAGCUUAAAACAGAGGAUACGAUUAAGACGGCGUCAGCGACAAGAAGAGCGGUACAAAGGAAGGACGUGGAAUCGCGAACUACUGAGUGAUGGAAAAACUGAUACUACAACCACUGAUCAAAGUGUUAGUCCAUUAUCAACUUCGUCUGAUACUCCCUCAGAAAAUAUAUCUACAGAUGACAUAGAAGAUUUAGAAGUGGAUGACGAGCGAAAUGCAGUAAAACUUAAAAAUGCUGGAAUUUCCAUAUCCAUGGCAUCUUUAUAUUCAGAUGCAGAUUUGUAUCAAUCAUCCCCUGCACAUGGAACAGAAUCAACUUUAACUGAGAGUAGUAUGUCUGCAGAAGGGGUAGCUUUAUCACUUCUUAGUAAAUUUAGUGAGAAACAAUUACCGAGAGCGAGUGAAUUACAAUGGCUGGUCUCUGAAAAGGAUGUACCACAAAGAUUGUUACCAUUACCAAAAAGUUGGCCAAUAAAUCCAGAUGAUGCAGAAAAUUCACAGUCAAUUCCUCUGCGUGGAACAACAGAAUGGGCUCCACCAAGACCUCAAAUUAUUUUUACAUCACAUCCUCCACCAGUGCGACGGACUCUUAUAGCCAAACAGAAUUACAGGUGUGCUGGAUGUGGAAUGAAGGUUGCAAUAAAAUAUGCAAAUAAAUUUCGUUACUGUGAGUAUUUAGGUAGAUACUUCUGUACUGGAUGCCAUACUAAUCAGGUAGCAUUAAUACCAGGAAAAAUUUUAACUAAGUGGGAUUUUAACAGAUAUUCUGUAUCAAACUUUUCAUAUAGACUGUUGGAUCAAAUGACAUCAGAUCCAUUAUUUCAAAUAAAUGACUUAAAUCCAUCAUUAUAUAGACGAAUAAAACAAUUAGCCAGAACAAGAUUAUUACGUUUCCAAUUAUUUUUCUUCAAAGAUUUUCUAUUUACAUGUCGAUUUGCGACAAGUGUUCAAGAUGUACUGAAGAAGGAACCAAAUUAUAUAAUAAGUGAACCGCAUGUAUAUUCCAUUCAAGAUCUGAUGCAUGUUAAAUAUGGUAUUUUGCCAAUGAGAUUGCAAGAAUUAGUUGAAAUGUGUAAUAUGCAUAUUAUGGGCUGUGAGCUAUGCCAAGCUAGGGGAUUUGUAUGUGAGCUAUGUCGUUCCAAAGAUGUCAUAUUUCCAUGGGAAUUCACAAAAGUUAGUAGAUGUGAAAUGUGUGGUGCAUGUUUUCAUAAUGAAUGCAAGCAGAAUUUUAAUAAAGUAGAUUGUCCACGCUGCAUUCGUUUACAUGAUAGACGAAUAUCUAGAGAACAAUUUUGACAUACGGUAAGAUUAUCUUGUGUCAUAUUAUUAGAUAUAAGUAUCAAAUUAGUAAUUUAUAAAUUUCAUUUAAAUUAUUAUUUAAAAAAAAAAGAUAUUCCCAAAUUGUGCUUUGGUUUCUAUUUAUCAUAUUUAAUACAAAAUUGAAAUUGUCAAGUAGCAACAAGUAAAUUCAAACUACCGAAAAUCUCCAUUAUAUUAUUAGUUAUAUAGAUGUGUUAAAAUGUAAAAGUUAUAUUUUAAUUUAAAAAAUUUAAUAUAUUUGCAAAUUUCACGAAUUGAAACAUUCUAUUGCUUGAAAUGCCUAAAGUAUAGCAUUUUAUAAAAAAAUUUACUUAAUAUAAUUAUGUGUACAUUACAAAUGUAGUAAAGACUGAGAAAAUGUGAUAUUUAAAGUAAUUGUAACUUUAUUCUUGAAGUAUUUUUUCUAUUUAUUUUUUUUUAUAUUACAUAAUUACUCAUGUUGUAGUAUGUAUACUGCUACCAGUCAACACGAAAAUAGCGAUGUAUAUAAUUUAUUUAUAAGUUUUCGACUUAAAUAAUAUAAAUUAUUUCAAUGUGACAAAAGGUCUUAAAUAUUACGUAUUUGCAAAAUGUAUUAUUCUAAAUAUGUAUUUAUAGCUUGCUUUU